AUGACGCCGGAUGAAGAUGGAGGGGAAACCCCAUGCAAGGUAGAUGUCGAGUAUGAAUGGCUUCCCCCAAAAUACACAGACUGUAUGACACUGGGACAUUCGGCGAAGGAGUGUACGUUGACUAAAUCUCAGAAACAGAAAAAACCCCCGGUAAAGGUGUAUGUGCCAAAAGUCAACACUCCCCCUCCAACAAAACCCGAAAAAAGACAAUUGAAUCAAGAGACUGUAGUCAAGGUGGAAGAAGUUACGAGAAGAGAGGAAUGUGCAAAUCAGACUGAACAUGAAGUCUCCUCACACAAUGAGAGGGGUAAGGCAGUGGUUGAUGCUUUGAAUUUACUUGACGAUACAGAUGAGACUACUAGGGGUCCUAACAUAUGCAACCCCACUAGCAAAACUCACGUUCGUAUUAACAAUGCCACGCAUAUUCAAUCCUUUUUGCUUCCUCAUUGGAAAUGGUUUGUUGAUUAUGCAUUUGUGGGUAAUCGUAUAUGGGUUGCGUGGGACGAGAAUGAAGUUGAUGUUCAUAUCCUUGAAGUGGGGAAUCAAUUUAUGCACUGUCGUGUCACUAACAGGGCUGAUAGUGAAUCUAUCAUUAUCACUGUUGUUUAUGGAGCCUCUGAGAUUGCAGACCGUCGGAGCUUAUGGAGUACAUUGGAUAUACUGGCUCGACAGUGCACGGAUGAUCCGUGGCUGGUGGGAGGCGAUUUCAAUGCAGUCCGAGAUAUGAAUGAGGUGUGUGGAGCUUCGGGUGAUAUUCGGAUGGCCAUAGAAGAAUUCAAUGCUAGUAUUCAGGUGGCCGGGUUAUUGCCAUUGCCUAUGCAGGGAGAAUGGUAUACUUGGCAUAAUUGCAGUACAAGCCCACGGAGUCUGUGGAAGAGAUUGGAUCGGAUGCUCAUUAACGAUAGGUGGCUUGCGAGAUUUCCUUCAUUGUGCUAUCACAGCCUUAUGCCGCGGACUUCUGACCAUUCGCCACUAGUAAUCCAUGGGGACAGGCAGCAUCAAACCAGAGGUAUGUUUCGUUUUGACAACUACCUAACUCUCUCAUCUGAAUUUAUCCCCAGCGUGCAGAAUAUUUGGAAUCAUACAGUCAUUGGGGUUCCUAUGUUUGCGGUAACACGUAAACUUAAAGCCUUGAAACCAGUCUUCAGACAACAAAGGAGGAAAAAGGGAGAUUUGACACUUAAUGUUCACCUAGCCAAAGGAUUUCUUGACGAGGCACAACACUUGAGAAGGGUGGCGAGGAGGAUAAUGCAGAUUAAUGAUGAUAAUGGGACCACCCACACGGAUCCAGGAGAGAUUACCAAUGAAUUUGUCCGUUACUACCAAAACCUCUUAGGUGGUAACAGACGACAACUACCGAAGGAUAUUCGCUUUCUUAGAUCGUGGACACGACAUAUACUUACUACUGAGGAGGAGGCAGGCCAAUUAAUAUUGGCGUUCAGCUCGGAAGAUGUAAAGCAGGCAGUAUUUGACAUUGCAGCGGACAAGGCACCGGGACCUGAUGGGUUCUCCUCAGGAUUCUUUAAAGCAGCAUGGUCAGUUGUGGGACAGGAAAUUACAAUGGCUGUACUGGACUUCUUUAGUACCGGGAAACUGCUUAAGCAAGUUAACUCUACACUUUUCGCUCUAAUCCCAAAGGUACAUACUCCUAUGACAAUUGGUAACUUUAGACCUAUAUCGUGCGGUAAUGUAUUAUACAAAAUUAUUGCGAAGUUACUUGUCCAACGUUUGAGUAUGGUUCUGGACAAGAAAAUUAGCCCCUGUCAGAGAGCAUUCAUUCCAGGACGUAGCAUUGGGGACAAUAUAAUGUUGGCACAGGAAUUGUUCAUGGGCUAUAACCAGGCGAGACUCCCCCAUCGUUGUGCACUAAAAGUUGAUAUAAGGAAGGCCUAUGACACGGUGGAGUGGGAUUUCCUACUAGCGGUCUUGCAGCUAUUUGAUUUCCCACUUACAUUUACAAGAUGGAUUGAGGAAUGUGUAACAACGACUUCAUUCUCGAUUGGGCUCAAUGGAAACCCUCAUGGGUUCUUUACAGGAGCUCGAGGUUUAAGACAGGGAGACCCUCUUUCUCCCUAUCUCUUUGUUCUUGUAAUGCAAGUCCUACAUUUGGGAUUUUUACAACUCAUUGAGCAGGAUAGGCAAUUCAAAUAUCAUUGGAAAUGUGAGCCGGCCAAAGUAUUCCAAUUGGGAUUCGCAGAUGACCUCCUGCUCUUUAGUAGAGCUGACUUGGAAUCAAUCAAUGUCCUCAAGAUGGGAUUGGACAGGUUUGCAGAAUGGUCCGGGCUUCGAUUGAAUGUUCAAAAGAGCCACGUCAUUAUCUCCCGCUCAGUGCAAGGAUGGAAGAAUCAGAUAUUAGAAGCUAUGGGCUUCCAGGAGGGCCAACUACCAAUGAGGUACUUGGGUCUCCCUUUACUCUCUUCUAGAUUAUCCAUAUCAGACUGUCAACCACUUUUAUUGAAAAUUGAUGCACGCAUUAAUGGGUGGGAGGGACUUUCAUUAUCUUAUGCUGGACGCAUACAAAUCAUUAAAUCUGUUUUAUCAGCACUGAGCUUGUACUGGGCAUCUGCAUUUAUUGUCAACCACUUGAAAAUUGAUGCACGCAUUAAUGGGUGGGAGGGACUUUCAUUAUCUUAUGCUGGACGCAUACAAAUCAAAUCAUCUGUUUUAUCAGCACUGAGCUUGUACUGGGCAUCUGCAUUUAUAUUACCAAAGGCUGUUAUCAAACAAAUUGAGAAACGCCUUAGAACAUUUCUGUGGAAAGGCAAUUCUACAUCAGGCUAUGCCAAGAUAGUGCAAGGUACACAGAACCACGAUGAGUCCAUCAAAGAUUUCCAGCGGGAGAUUCAUCCAUCCAUCAACUUGUGGAUCGGCAAUUUGUCACCAAACGUGACAGAUGCUGAGUUAAAAUUUGUGUUUGCCGCUCACUGA